AUGGCAGAGGAAGGACUGUUGUACAAUUUUGAGAUAGAACUCAAAGAUAACCUUACACAAAAUACAACAGUUACACAAGAUACUCAGACACAAGCACCAAUUCCUACAGUGUCAACAAAUACACCAUGCCCAGAGUCUCCUCCCCAAAACAACCUGCCUGAAUCGGAGCAUUUGGCUACCCUUACCAAUUCAACUCCCAAUGGUGCCAAUAUUAGCCUGCCGCCAGAGACAAUCCAACAUAAUCCGCGUGUUACCAUUGAGGAAUGGCCCAACCCCAAUGCCAAUUGGGGGCUCAGCAAUGAGCUCAUGUAUGACAGGCUACAAAUACCUCCCGAGGACUCGCACAGAGCUCCGGAUGAUAUCUAUGCAUGCGGACAUGAUGUAAAUGAUCGGAGUGAGGCUGCACAACAAUUUUCCAAAUGGUCAGAUCAACGGCUUCUUGAAUUUCUUCAGGAGGAGCUUGGAAGCAAAUUUGUGAAAGAAUGGGAGAAUAUUCGUGAGUAA